AUGUUUUCACUUGUCUAUCUCCUCCUCCUAAAUAUCCUUUACUCCAACACAGGAUCUGCCACCCAGAUGGUGUGCUACUUCACCAACUGGUCCCAGUACAGACCCGGUGAAGGCAAGUACACGCCACAAGAUGUGGACCCCUUCCUUUGCACCACCCUGAUCUAUGCCUUCUCCAUCAUCAACCAUAACAAUGAGCUGGUUACUUAUGAGUGGAAUGAUGACAUCCUCUACAAGUCUUUCAAUGCUGUGAAGACCAAGAAUCCUGAUCUGAGGACGCUGCUGGCUGUUGGUGGGUGGAACUUUGGUUCAAGACAGUUCUCCAUCAUGGUCUCCACUCCAGCGAACCGUCAGACAUUCAUCCAGUCUUCUAUCAAAUUCCUAAGGACACAUGGAUUUGAUGGUCUGGAUCUGGACUGGGAGUACCCUGGUGCUCGUGGAAGUCCCCCAGAGGACAAACAACGGUUCACUCUGCUCUGCAGAGAACUCGUUGCUGCCUAUGCAGCUGAGGCCAAGGCCACUGGUAAUCGUCAGCUCAUGCUGACUGCUGCAGUGGCUGCUGGAAAGGGAACCAUCGAUGGUGCAUAUGAGAUUGCUGAGAUUGCCAAGGAACUGGACUUCAUCAGUGUGAUGACCUAUGACUUCCAUGGAACUUGGAAUCAGUUCACUGGACACAACAGCCCUCUAUUCCGUGGCUCCCAGGAUUUUGAUGAUCUAAUUUAUUUCAACACAGAUUUUGCCAUGAAGUACUGGAGAGACAAUGGAACCCCAGUGGAGAAGCUGAGGAUGGGUUUUGCUACUUAUGGUCGCACCUUCCGCUUGACAUCAUCAAGCACUGAUGUUGGAGCCUCAGCUAGUGGCCCUGCAUCAGCCGGACCAUUCACACGUGAAGCUGGAUUCUGGUCCUACUACGAGAUUUGUGAUUUCGUGAAGGGAAUCAGCAUUCAGUGGAUUGAGGACCAGAAAGUCCCCUAUGCCACCAAGAACAAUGAGUGGGUGGGAUUUGACAACAAGGAGAGCUAUGAGCUCAAGGUGCGGUACCUGAAGGAGCAGAAGUUUGGUGGUGCCUUUGUGUGGGCCCUCGAUUUGGAUGACUUUGCGGGACGAUUCUGCGGACAGGGCAAACACCCUCUAAUUGCUCAUCUCCGCAAACUUCUUGGUAUUGAGCUGCCUCCACUGCCCCCUACCACCACUGCCAAACCUGGUGCUAGCACCACUUCCCCAACCACCACCACCACCACCACCACCACCCAUGCCCCAGGAUCCAGCAUCUGCAGUGGCAAACUUGAUGGCCUGUACGCCAACUCAGAGAACAAGAAGAGCUUCUACAUGUGUAGUGGUGGCACCACCUAUGUGAUGUUUUGUGGGCUUGGAACUGUCUUUGAUGACAGCUGCAAAUGCUGCUCCUGGCCCUGAGCCAUGAGUGGAGACAGUGUGUAUCACCACUGAUGCAAAUGUCAACUAUUAAAAAGACUGUAAAAGUGCCCUUAUAUCCACUGUGUUUACAAUCAUAUACCUAAAUGAGUCGUUAUCAUUUGUGUAUCGAUAUAAUGUAUUUUCUUGUGAAAUACUGUAUGUAACAUUUUGC